AUGGCGCACCGGAGUCUUGGGCUGGUGCACUCGGGCGCGGAUCGGUGCAGGGCUCCGAAGGGCCAUAAGCACAGAGGGAAUGCAACAGUUAGGAAGCUUGCGCCUAAAACGCUUCUAUCGCGGCCUCCUCUGCGCAACAUCGUCAAUCUCCAUGCCGCUUCCAACUCUGCUACCAGCGAUAGUCCUGUCGCUACCAGCCCAACUACUGGAAAUCUUGAUCACUCAUCCUUUUCAGAAAGCGACUCUCAAGGAAACUGUGUUCGGCCACUAGCCGUCGGCAUCCAUCCUCCGAGAGCGACCUUUCAGCGAGCCGCGGGCGCGCCUGCGCCAGCUGCAGUUACCGCGGCUGCAGUCGCAGCUGCAGUCGCUUCUGCAGAAAACAGUAGCCAGAACACCCGCGUAAGCGCCAAAUAUCGCCCUUUCCUGGACGCCUGGGCCAAAGGCUACGAUUUCAAUGCACAAGAGGAGCCCGAGGGUGCCUGGCUGCAGGUCACUGACGGCCAGCUGCCAGCGGGUCUCACGGGGACCUUCUUCCGCAACGGCCCCGGCUGCUUCACCCGGGGCCAGGACAGCGCCGGUCACCCCUACGACGGGGACGGGCUGGUAGCCUCCGUGGCGCUGCCGGGGGAUGGAAGGGCGUUCUUCAGAUCCGCAUUCGUGCGCACAGCUGAGCGCCAGGCUGAGGUCCAGGCGGGGCAGCUGUUGUUCCGCGGCGCCCUGGCCUCCCCGGGCCGCGGCGGUCUGCUGGGGAAUGCGGGCAAUGUAGCUCUGCGUAACGCCGCCAAUGCGGGAGUGGUGCUGCAGGGGGGCAGACUGCUGGCGUUAUACCCGGGCGGCCUGCCGUACGCCCUGGAUCCAGUCACCCUCGUGACCCGUGGGUCACAGGACCGCCUGGGGGGUGCUCUGUCACCUGGCGUGCCGUUGUCUCUGGCCAGUCCCGCCGCCGACCGGGCCAUGAGCCGUGUGACGCGACUGCUAGGCUCGAACGACCGGCUUCCGCCCGCACAUUCGGCACUGGGCGGUGACGCGUGCGGCGCCCGGCCGCGUACGUGCAGUGUCACUGGUCGGCGUGUGUUUUGGUCACAUCAGACGCUGCUUGCGGGGGUGGCAGCGGCAGCGCCGCUGCCGCAGGCAGCGGCUGCGACAGCGAAGCUGAAGGGCGGUGAAUAUGUAGCGCAUACAGAACGACGCGCCGGUGGGAAGAGGCAAGGAAGAGGAGGAGGAGGAGGAGGAGGGCAAGAGGUCAGGGAGGAAGAGGGGGGUACAGACACGUUGGCGCUACUGGGGACGGCGGCGCGCUGGCUGGCACGGCGGCAGCAAGACCGGUUCGACACGGAGUUCGCAUUUUGGGAGGUGGAACCCGACGACGAUCUAGAUCCGGGCCUGGAUCCGGACCGAGAUUUGGUUCCGGAUUCUGUCACGACGUUGCCGCAGCAGCUGCGGCAGCACCAGCAGCUGCUGUGGCAGCUACGGGGCUCUCACCGGGCGCCGCGGCGGCGGCGGAGUCUGCGGUACCGGAUGAAGGGCUUCGCUGCGGCGACGGUACUUGAUGUCGCCGUCACCCCCAACUACUACCUGCUGCUGCAGCCGCCGGUUCACCCGGAGGUGUUGCCGUACCUGCUGGGAGAUUGUGGUCCCGUCAGCUGUCUGAAGUGGCGGGAGGGGGAGCCGGCAGUACUGCAUGUCGUACCCAGACCGGGCUCAGAGGCGGACAGGCGCGGCGAGCGACCCGUGCAGCUGCACCUGCGCCCCGCUGUGUGUGUACUGCACCACGUGAACGCCUUCGAGGACGAGUCGUACCCUGGUCGGCUGGUUCUUGACAGCGUGGCGUACGACAGCCUGCCUGCGGUGGGUGCACAGCCGCUGGCGGAGCAGGCGGUCAGGUCGCCGGAUCCUGACUCGGGGUGCCGGCCCAGGCUUCAGAGGCUGGUGAUUGACCUGCCCUCCGGCACCAUCACCCGUCGUGCCGUCCCCGGCGACCCCCUGGACCCCCUGGACCCCACUGCGGGCCCGGGCCGUCAUUUGGAACUGCCCACCUUCAACACCGCCUACACAGGCAGGAGAUACCGCUACGUGUACGGGUGCAGUGUGGUAUUCGAGGACGGCACCUCGGGUUUGGUGAAGGCGGAUUUGGAGACUCCGCAGCUGCAGCGCUGGUCGGGGGGCCCGGGGUACAUCUGCCUGGAGCCCUGCUUCGUGCCGCGGGACGGCGCUGCGGCUGGUGGCGGUGGCGGUGGCGGCCUGGGGGCCUCAGUAGCAGCAGCGCCAACAGCAGCAGCAGCAGCGCCAGCGGGAGCGGGAGCGGGCGGCCGACAACGCAGCGAGGAUGAUGGCUGGCUGCUGGUCUACGGGUUCGACUCCAACACCCGGCGCAGCGAGCUGCUGGUGUUUGACACGUGGGCGAUGAUGGCGGGGCCCGUAGCGCGGCUGGCACUGCCGAGCCCGCUACCGCACGGCCUGUACGGCACGUGGACGAACAAGUAUUUUGGUCCCCAAGAGUAG